ACAUUCCGAAUAAUAUGAGCUGAACUUUUGGGAGCUUCCUAUGUUCUCUGCCAAGUCGUGUGUGAUUCUGUGCCCCAAGAUCUCCUCUGCCUCCCCUUCGAUUUCUUGCAAGUUUAUUGUUAACAUGGCACGAUCUGCAUUGGAUGAGAUAUCAGACGCUGGCGCUUUUGCCAGAACUGCUUCUACAUACCGGAAUUUCAUUUCAAGAGGACCAGAUUCUCAAUUUCCAGCUGAGUCAGGUAGGUAUCAUUUGUAUAUAUCAUAUGCAUGUCCUUGGGCUUCCAGGUGCCUUGCUUAUUUGAAGAUCAAAGGACUUGACAAAGCCAUCAGUUUCUCGUCUGUCAAACCCAUUUGGGGAAGAACCAAAGAAACAGAUGAGCAUAUGGGAUGGAUUUUUCCUGAAUCGGAAACUGAGGUGCCGGGAGCUGAACCUGAUCCCUUGAAUGGAGUGAAGAGCAUUAGGGAACUUUAUGAAAUAGCAAGUUCAAAUUACACAGGAAAAUAUACGGUUCCUGUUCUUUGGGAUAAGAAACUCAAGACAAUUGUUAACAAUGAGAGUUCAGAGAUAAUUCGCAUGCUUAAUACCGAAUUCAACAAUGUAGCAGAAAAUCCCACCUUGGACUUGUAUCCCACCCAUUUGCAAGCCCAAGUUGAUGAGACUAAUGAGUGGAUAUACAAUGGUAUAAACAAUGGUGUUUAUAAAUGUGGGUUUGCAAAGAUGCAACGGCCAUAUGAUGAGGCUGUAAAAACAUUGUACGAAGCUUUAGACAAAUGUGAAAAUAUACUUAGCAGGCAACGUUAUAUUUGCGGCAACACACUAACUGAAGCAGAUAUUCGGUUGUUUGUCACUCUUAUCAGAUUUGAUGAGGUUUAUGUUGUUCACUUCAAGUGCAACAAAAAGCUAUUAAGGGAAUACCCAAACCUAUUCAAUUAUACGAAAGACAUCUACCAAAUUCCAGGGAUGAAAAGUACAGUAAACAUGGAACAUAUAAAGUUGCAUUACUAUGGAAGCCAUCCUUCUAUCAAUCCGUUUGGGAUCGUUCCUGUUGGGCCAAAUAUUAAUUAUGAUACUCCACAUGACAGGGAGAGGUUUCUUGCAUAGGUUAUUUAUUUCUGCAGUUGUAAGAGAUUUAUGAGAAACAUUAUGUAUGUUAAGUGCUUUUUUCAGUUGAGUGUUUCUGAAAUGAUCAUGCUUUGGGUGAUUAUACUUGUUCAAGAUAAAAGUUUGAGAAAUGUGUGCAGACAUGAAUGGUGACAUGUUGGGUUGAAUUGAGGGGGUACUUGGUGGUUAUGAAUCUCAAGUUGUAUGUGUGCAGAAAUCUUUUAGGUGUUGUCCUCUAUGAGAAGCACCAGUUAUGGGUAUGAAUAAGAGAGGAGAGGGCAUGCAAGAAGGUAAA